UUAUCUGAUGAAAAUCGAUUAUUAAUAAUAUUAAAAGCAAUUGACAUAUUAUGCUUUGGACCUUUUAGAAAAUAAUGAAAGAUAUUGAGAGCUUAAUUCUUUAUUUUAGGAAGUUGUAUAUGAGAUCAUGUCCUCAAACGAACUUCCUUCAGUCCUGAUAUAUACGUUACAGUGUUUCAUAGAAAAUAAUCCACAAGACGAAUUGCUUAAAUCCAAAGAGAAAAGUGAAUCGCUGCCAUCAGAUGCAUCAGCUUCUUUUAGUGUGAUAUCUGAUAUCAUGACGGAUAUUCUUGUUUAUUUCGUAACAAAGCCAAUAAUUUUGAGUCAGUUAAUUAAACAAGAUUUGUUGUUCUUACUGGUUACAAUGACAAUAAAUAAAGGAAGAACUGUAUAUAAUGUCGAUAUCGACAAUCAGUCUUUCGCUUGGGAGGAUAGAGCACUUGAUAUUCUUGCUAGUUUAUUUGAUUCAAAUAUCAUAAAUGAAGAAUGUUUAAAUUACUUUCAGAGUAAAAAUAUUUUAGGUGCGCUCAUGAAAGUAUUGGCAGAUAAUAUUGAUUUCGAAAAAAAUAAAUUCAUUGAUAAUCCACAAUUAAUAUAUGCCGGUUCUAUGCUUGUCGACUUAAUACAGAAGAAUUUUGUAAUUGUAAGGGGUAUGAUGCAUUUUUCAACUUACUCGUAUUACCCCCAUUUGAUGGACAAUCGUCGACUACUAAGGAUACGUUAAUAACACUUGCCGAAGAUCUUGUAUUUUUCGGAACGGAUGCUAUAAAACCUGCUUCGAAUGCGACGCCGUAUCAACAUAGCGGUAAUUUAAUUCAACGGGGGUUUUUUUUU